AGCAGGCCACGGCGCCGCCAGGAGCGGAGAAGGACGCGCCGAUGCCAGGCGAACCACAGCGCCUGUCGCCGAAGGUCUCGUCGCUGGCGCCAAGCUCCACGUCGGGCCACCUGGGCCUGUCGGGAGGGUCGGCGCCCCCGGUGGUCACCAUCGCGCCCACGCACUCGCACGGCAUCACCAGCGAGGCCGAGCGCUCGUCCGCCGCCGCCAGCGAGGACCUCGUGCGCGGGUUCCAGCCGUACCGCGCCCCCGACGUGCAGCCGACGCCGCCCGCGGGCACCCCGGGGGCGUCGCUGCGGCCGCCCAUGCCUCCGCUCGACCUGCCGCCCUCGUACCCGCCCUACCACCCGUCGCUGUACCCGCACCACCUGGCGCACCAGUACAGACUGGAGGAGCACCUGUACCUGGAGCGAUACGGGCUGCUGCGACCGCCCCUGAGCCCCUACGGCGUCGGGGGCCUGUCGGGGCUGUACCCGGGCGCCGCCGGCUCGCCCUACCUGUCGGCCAGGUUCCCGCCGGACCUCCUGCCCACCUCGCUGGCUGCGCUGCACCCGUCGUCGGCGCUUCUGCACGAGAGGUUGAAGCUGGAGGAGGACAUGCGGCAGCGAGAGUACGAGCUCGAACUCACCAUGAAGCAGACAGGAACAAAGAAGCAGAGAGAAGCCAAACUCAGAGUCAGGAGAGAAGUAGAGACCGCAGCCCCAUCGCGCACGCCGUGGUGCACGCGUCCGCCCCGGCCGCCAUAUCGGUGACGAGCCUCAGCACAAGCAGCGUUACCAUAACGAGCAACAGCCACAGCCGCAAGAAUCAGCCAAUUGGCGUUGCGACGCAGCAGGUGGCGCAGCCCCUGGACAUCCGCAGCUCAGUGACCUUUCGCCCAAUCAACGACGUAACCUUCCUGGGACACGUUCAAGCUCAAGCCCAGACGAGAGCUUAG